GAUGAAUAUUAUCUCGUGAAGUCCGGUGAUACCUGCAGCGCUAUUCUCUUAGAGUAUAGCAUCACUAUAGCCCAGUUCUAUACCUGGAAUCCAUCCGUCGGCUCUAGCUGCAAUUAUAUGGACCUCGACGAAUAUUACUGCGUUGGUAUCUCUGCGACUUCAGCCACCUCCACUAGCAUAGGUAUUGGACCAACCCAGACUGGUAUUGCCUCAAACUAUGUGACAUACUAUAAGACCCAAAGUGGCGACAGCUGCUGGGAGAUCGUAACUGAUAAAUACCCCUAUCUGAACGAAACCCUUUUCAUUGAGUGGAAUCCCGCUGUGGGGUCAAGCUAUUCUAUUCUGAGUGGAUACUACUACUUAGAGAGCGGCGAUAGCUAUUGGUCUAUUGAGACGGCAUAUGAUAUCUCGGCAGCGAACUUUGUAUCUUGGAAUCCUAAUAUUGAGUCUGACUGCAGUGGACUGUGGGUAGAUUACUUUGUUUAUGUGGGUGUUUAA